GAUGCUACUCACAGCCAGGCAGCUAGUAGUCAGUGGCCAUUAGCGAAGAGGCCGAUAAGGCCUCGGAUUAUUUGUCUAAAAAGUUUAUAUCAAAUCAAUCACGAUGUCUACUUUCGAAUCAAAAAUGCCUGUUCGCCAGGUGAAGCGAGUGCAAUUUGGCAUACUUUCGCCCGAUGAAAUUCGGCGUAUGUCCGUCACUGAUGGCGGAAUUCGUUUUUCCGAAACUAUGGAAGGAGGCCGGCCAAAACAAGGCGGACUCAUGGAUCCAAGACAAGGUGUAAUUGACAGAAAUUCACGAUGUCAAACGUGCGCUGGAAAUCUUACAGAAUGCCCUGGACAUUUUGGUCAUAUAAAUUUAGCAAAACCAGUAUUUCACAUUGGUUUCAUCACAAAAAGCAUGAAAAUUCUCAGAUGCGUUUGCUUUUUCUGCUCCAAACUCCUAGUUAGUCCAAAUAAUCCAAAAAUCAAAGAAAUCGUCAUGAAGACAAAAGGACAGCCCCGCAAGCGUCUCACAUUUGUCUACGAUUUAUGUAAAAGUAAAAACAUCUGCGAGGGUGGCGACGAAAUGGACAUAAACAAGGACGGUACAGAAAUUCCGCUUGCCGACAGAAAGCCCGGUCACGGUGGUUGCGGUCGCUAUCAACCGAGUCUGAAGAGAUCCGGUCUCGACAUAUCCGCCGAAUGGAAGCACGUCAACGAAGAUUCACAGGAGAAAAAAAUGCCCCUAACCGCCGAAAGAGCGCACGAAAUUCUCAAGCAAAUAACAGACGAGGAGUCUUUUAUUCUAGGCAUGGAUCCAAGUUUCGCUCGUCCCGAUUGGAUGAUCGUCACUGUUCUACCCGUGCCACCGCUGUCGGUGCGUCCAGCCGUCAUAAUGUACGGCUCGGCCAGAAAUCAAGACGAUUUGACACACAAACUGGCCGAUAUUAUCAAGACGAAUAACGAACUCAUGAGGAGUGAGGAGAAGGGCGCCGCCACGCAUAUCGUGUCGGAAAUAAUAAAAAUGCUCCAGUUUCACGUGGCCACUUUGGUGGACAACGAUCUGCCGGGUUUGCCGCGAGCAAUGCAAAAGUCGGGCAAACCGCUCAAAGCCGUGAAGGCGCGACUCAAGGGCAAGGAGGGAAGAAUUCGUGGUAAUCUCAUGGGUAAGCGUGUUGACUUCUCAGCGCGUACGGUCAUCACACCGGAUCCAAAUCUCCGAAUCGAUCAAGUCGGCGUGCCCAGGAGUAUCGCUCAGAAUCUCACAUUCCCGGAGAUCGUCACUCCGUUCAAUAUCGAUAAAAUGCAGGAACUAGUGCGAAGGGGGAAUUCGCAAUACCCGGGAGCGAAGUAUAUCGUCAGGGACAGUGGCGAACGGAUAGAUCUUCGAUUUCAUCCGAAGGCUUCUGAUCUGCAUCUCCAGUGUGGUUAUAAGGUGGAGAGACAUAUCCGCGACGGGGAUCUGGUGAUUUUCAAUCGUCAGCCAACUUUGCACAAGAUGAGUAUGAUGGGUCACAGAGUGAAGGUCCUGCCAUGGAGUACGUUUAGGAUGAAUCUCAGUUGCACGUCGCCGUACAAUGCCGAUUUCGACGGCGACGAAAUGAAUCUGCACGUUCCGCAGUCGAUGGAGACGAGGGCCGAGGUGGAGAAUAUUCACGUGACGCCCAGGCAGAUUAUCACACCGCAGGCGAAUAAACCAGUCAUGGGUAUCGUGCAGGACACACUCAUGGCUGUGAGGAAGAUGACAAAGAGGGAUGUGUUUAUCGAGAAGGAGCAAAUGAUGAAUAUCUUGAUGUUCCUGCCGAGUUGGGAUGGAAAAAUGCCGCAACCCUGUAUUUUGAAACCAAAGCCCCUUUGGACUGGGAAGCAGAUAUUCUCGUUGAUUAUCCCGGGGAAUGUGAAUAUGAUCAGGACGCACAGUACACAUCCAGAUGAGGAGGACGAUGGUCCUUACAAAUGGAUUUCGCCAGGAGACACGAAAGUAAUGGUGGAACAUGGAGAACUUGUGAUGGGGAUUUUGUGUAAGAAGACGCUGGGUUCAUCGGCGGGAUCAUUGCUGCAUAUUUGUAUGUUGGAGUUGGGACACGAGGUUUGUGGGAGAUUUUACGGAAAUAUUCAGACGGUGAUUAAUAAUUGGUUGUUGCUCGAGGGGCAUUCGAUUGGAAUUGGCGAUACUAUUGCGGAUCCGCAGACCUAUUUGGAAAUUCAGAAGGCGAUUAAAAAGGCGAAGGAGGAUGUCAUAGAGGUGAUUCAGAAGGCGCAUAACAUGGAGCUGGAGCCUACGCCUGGUAAUACGCUGAGGCAGACUUUCGAGAAUCAGGUGAACAGGAUUUUGAACGACGCUCGUGAUAAGACGGGCGGGUCGGCUAAGAAGUCGCUCACUGAGUAUAAUAAUCUGAAGGCUAUGGUCGUGUCGGGUUCGAAGGGAUCGAAUAUUAAUAUUUCGCAAGUUAUCGCCUGUGUGGGACAGCAGAACGUAGAGGGAAAGCGGAUACCGUUUGGGUUCAGGAAGAGGACAUUGCCUCACUUCAUCAAGGACGAUUACGGUCCUGAGUCGAGGGGCUUCGUAGAGAACUCCUACCUGGCCGGGUUGACGCCCUCGGAGUUCUAUUUCCACGCCAUGGGAGGAAGAGAGGGUCUUAUUGAUACCGCCGUAAAGACGGCCGAGACCGGGUACAUUCAGCGACGUCUGAUCAAGGCUAUGGAGUCUGUUAUGGUGCACUACGACGGAACGGUGAGGAAUUCAGUGGGACAACUCAUCCAGUUGAGAUACGGCGAGGACGGUCUCUGUGGUGAGGCGGUCGAGUUCCAGAAUCUCCCGACUAUCAAACUCAGCAACAAGGCUUUUGAAAAGAGAUUCAAGUUCGAUCCGACGAACGAGCGUUACUUGCGCAGGAUUUUCAGCGAGGAAAUCGUGCGGGAAAUGAUGGGCUCAGGGGAAGUGAUUUCCGAAUUGGAGAAGGAAUGGGAGCAGCUGAGUCGGGAUCGAUCGGUGUUGAGGGAGAUUUUCCCAAGUGGAGAAUCAAAGGUCGUAUUGCCCUGCAAUCUGCAGAGAAUGAUUUGGAACGUGCAGAAGAUCUUUCAUAUUAACAAACGAGCGCCGACUGAUCUGAGUCCGAUGAGAGUGAUCCAGGGUGUGAAGGACCUGCUGGAGAAGUGUGUGAUUGUGGCCGGUGAGGACAGACUCAGCAAGCAGGCGAACGAGAAUGCGACCCUCCUCUUCCAGUGUCUGGUGAGAUCGACCCUGUGCACCAAGUGCGUGUCGGAGGACUUCCGACUGUCGAGCGAGGCCUUCGAGUGGUUGAUCGGAGAAAUCGAGGCUCGUUUCCAUCAGGCGCAAGUCUCACCUGGUGAAAUGGUGGGAGCGCUCGCUGCCCAGUCUCUAGGAGAGCCCGCCACUCAGAUGACACUCAACACUUUCCAUUUCGCCGGUGUGUCCUCGAAGAACGUAACUCUCGGUGUGCCGAGACUCAAGGAAAUCAUCAACAUCAGUAAGAAACCGAAAGCUCCCUCGCUAACCGUUUUUCUCACCGGAGCUGCGGCCCGCGACGCCGAAAAAGCUAAAAACGUCCUCUGCCGCCUGGAGCACACAACCUUGAAAAAAGUCACAGCCAACACGGCGAUUUACUACGAUCCCGAUCCACAAAAUACAGUCAUCGCCGAGGAUCAAGAAUUCGUGAAUGUCUACUACGAGAUGCCCGAUUUCGAUCCAACGAGAAUUUCGCCCUGGCUGCUUCGUAUCGAACUCGACCGAAAGAGAAUGACGGACAAGAAACUCAGUAUGGAGCAGAUUGCCGAGAAGAUCAACGCCGGCUUUGGCGACGAUCUGAAUUGUAUAUUCAAUGACGACAAUGCUGAGAAAUUGGUUCUGCGAAUAAGAAUUAUGAACAGUGAUGACAAUAAAUUCCAGGAUGCGGAGAAGGAGUCGAUUGACAAGAUGGAGGACGAUACGUUCCUGAGGUGUAUUGAAUCGAACAUGCUGAGUGAAAUGACACUGCAGGGGGUUGAGGCAAUUGGUAAGGUGUACAUGCACUUGCCGCAAACUGACGCGAAGAAGAGAAUCAUUGUCACUGAUACGGGAGAAUUCAAGGCAAUCGCUGAAUGGUUGCUGGAAACUGAUGGUACGAGUUUGAUGAAGGUACUGAGUGAGAGGGACGUCGAUCCAGUGAGGACAUUCAGUAACGAUAUUUGUGAGACUUUUGAAGUUCUGGGUAUUGAAGCUGUGAGAAAAUCAAUUGAGAAGGAAAUGAAUACUGUAUUGCAGUUUUAUGGACUUUACGUCAACUAUCGGCAUCUUGCGUUACUUUGUGACGUCAUGACGGCUAAGGGUCAUCUUAUGGCCAUCACUCGUCACGGUAUUAACAGACAAGACACUGGAGCACUUAUGAGAUGUUCUUUCGAAGAAACAGUAGACGUUUUGUUGGACGCUGCUUCUCAUGCAGAGACCGAUCCUAUGAGAGGUGUUUCUGAAAACAUUAUUAUGGGACAAUUACCUCGAAUUGGCACAGGUUGCUUUGAUUUAUUACUCGACGCCGAGAAGUGUAAAUCUGGAAUGGAGAUUCCAAUGGCUACCGGAGCAAAUUUAAUGGGUGGAACUGGAAUGUUCUACGGAACUGCAGCCACAUCGAGCAUGAGUCCUCGCAUGACUCCUUGGAACCAGAUUGGAGCGACUCCUGCUUACGGUGCUUCCAGUAUGUCACCAGCACUGGAAAGUGGAAUGACACCAGGAGCUGGAUGCUUCUCACCUUCGGGUGCAUCGGACGCAUCAGGAAUGUCGCCAGCAUAUUCGGCUUACUCUCCACAACCUGGCAGUCCCGGCAGUCCAGGACCAAGUAUGAGUCCUUAUCCAAUGUCACCAGCGGGCGGUGCGUCUCCAAGUUAUUCGCCAACAUCGCCAGCUUAUUUGCCGACUUCGCCAAGUAUGACACCGUCAAGUCCAAAUUACUCCCCAACGAGUCCAAGUUAUUCGCCGACAAGUCCAAACUAUUCGCCAACUAGUCCAAGUUACUCGCCCACGAGUCCUAGUUAUUCGCCAACGAGUCCUAGUUAUUCACCGACGAGUCCAAGUUACUCACCGACGAGUCCCAGUUAUUCUCCGACAAGUCCGAGUUAUUCGCCAACAAGUCCGAGUUACUCGCCAACGAGUCCGAGUUAUUCUCCGACAAGUCCGAGUUAUUCGCCCACGAGUCCGAGUUAUUCACCAACAAGUCCGAGUUACUCGCCAACGAGUCCGAGUUACUCACCGACAAGUCCGAGUUAUUCUCCGACAAGUCCGAGUUACUCGCCAACGAGUCCGAGUUACUCACCAACGAGUCCGAGUUACUCGCCGAGUUCUCCAAACUACACACCCGCUUCUCCAUCUUACUCGCCGACGAGUCCAAGUUACUCCCCGAGUUCCCCUCAAUACUCGCCGGCGAGUCCAAGCUACUCGCCGAGUUCUCCAAAGUACUCGCCGACAAGUCCCAGUUAUUCGCCAACAUCUCCAUCGUUCGCUGGAACUUCACCACGCUACACGCCGGCCAGUCCCAAUUACUCGCCGACGAGUCCGAGUUACUCGCCAACGAGUCCUUCCUACUCGCCGAGCUCUCCCCAACACACUCCUGGCGGCAGCACAAGAUACUCGCCGAGUAGUCCCAAUUAUUCGCCAACCAGUCCCACGUAUUCACCCUCGAGUCCACAGUACUCGCCCUCAAGCACCAAAUAUUCUCCCACAAGUCCCACUUACACUCCCACAAGUCCCAGUUAUUCACCGACGAGUCCCACUUACUCCCCUCCAGUUCCAGGGUACUCGCCCACAAGUCCCACCUAUUCGCCAGCAUCGCCAGCCUACGAAACCGACGACUCUUAAAUCAACACUCGAGGGAGUCUCUUCGCAUUUUUUAUACUCUCCUAUUUUUCAAUUUCAAUUUCAAUCUAUUCUCAUAAGAUGAAAAUACAUUGAAUUAUUUUUCAUUUGAAAAUUUGUUUGCCAUUCAACACAAUCAGUUUAAAUAUUAAAUACUAAACAUUAAACAUUGAAAUUCGAAAACAAGAAUGAAAUUUAUUUCCUCUUUCAAAUUUAAAUACUAAAAAUUCAUUUAAAUGAAAGACUACGACGUUUAUUUCUAUUAGUUUUACAUUCACUUUUAAUUCGAAUUUUAUUUCAAAAAAUAUUGUUAUCGAAAAAAGUUAUUUUCCAUAGCUGUAAAUAAGU